AUGCCCAAGAUCAAGACCAACCGCACCAAGCCUCCUCCCGAGGGCUUUGAGGAGAUUGAAGACAUCCUUGAGGAGUACAGCCGGAAGAUGCGGGACGCUGAGGCGGAAAGUCACGAGGGAAAGCGGAAAAACGAGGCACUGUGGCCAAUCAUGCGGAUAACCCACACUCGAAGCCGGUAUAUCUACGACCUGUACUACAAGCGAGAAGCCAUCUCGAAGAAGCUGUACGAGUGGCUGCUGAAGCAGGAGUAUGCGGACGCAAACCUCAUCGCGAAGUGGAAGAAGUCGGGAUACGAAAAGCUCUGCUGUGCGCGGUGCAUCCAAUCACGGGACAUGAACUACGCCGGCUCGACCUGCAUCUGCCGCGUGCCGAAAGCGCAGCUCAAGGAGGGCGUGAUCGUCGAGUGCACACAUUGUGGUUGCCGAGGAUGCGCUUCGACGGACUGA